UCCACGCUCAGCCCCCACCCCCCCCGGCUCCUCCGUUCAGGAGGCGAGAGGGAGGGAGCGGCCGUGAGUCGGCGGGCGCAGGGAGAUGGAGGCUGAAGGAUUCUGAUUUGGGGCUGGGCGGAGGGAGGCGCAGCCGCGAGGUGAGGGGAAGAGAGGAGGGGACGGACGGGGAGAGCGAAGGGGCUCUUCGCCGGCGCAGGCGGGGGAGCUGCUGCGCGGAGAGCACGCACAGAGACGCCCCCGAAGGAGCGCGGCGCCGGGCACACAUGCAGGCCAGUCCCGCGGCCGUGGCAGGGGCCGAGGCCGGAGCCGGGGUGGUGCGACGCGCCCCGAGGGACGCGCAGGAGACGGUGCGGGCCUCACUCAUCCUCGCCUCCGUCAAGGAGCAGGAGCUGCAGUUCGAGCGCCUGACGCGCGAGCUGGAGGCGGAGCACCACAGCGUCGCCUCGCAGCUGCAGCGCUGCCGCCUCGACUCGGAGGCCGGCAGCGCGAGCAGCGUCAGUUCCAAUGAAGAGGCUUUCCACUGGCGGUCGACAGCCGCGCCCGCGGGCCGCCCCUACGGUUCCCCGCGCGCCGCCUCGUUCGCCGAGGCGGGGGCCAGCGACAGGGGCUCGGGGGCAUCCAGAGGCCCCGCCGUCACCCGCUCGCUGACCAGCGGCGUCGCCUGUCAAGACGCGGCCGAUUUUCCGCUUGCGCGGUGCGGCUCCCGGGACUCCGGGACAGCGGGGGACCGGGGCGACGCUGCCACCGGCGGUGACGACGGAACGAGCGGCCGCUACGGCAACAACAACGGCGGCGGCGGCGGUGCCGACGCGGCUGCCGACGUCGGAGGCUUCUGCGGCCGCAAGGGAGGCGUGAGCGGAGGCGCCGUUCCACCGGGGGCAUGGCGCCUCCCCGGCGGCUGGAGGCACAGCCAGGCAACAUCAGACAAUGCGGCGGGGCGACCGAAUGACCUCGAAUCCACGGAGCCGUCGCCGCCGCCGCCGCCACCGCCGCCGCGCCCUUUCCCAGCGUCGCGCUCCAGCGCCUUCUGCUCGCCCUCUUCCCGCCGGGCGACCCACGCAUCGCCCCCGGGGGCCAGAGUCCCUCCCUUCUCCGCCGACGGCCCCGCGGCCCGCUCGUCACCGGGCGCCAUCGCCGACUCGGCGCCUCAACAGCGGCCGCCGGAGGAUCCGGAGAACAGCCUCGGCGGAAUGAGGUUUGCCGUAACCAGGAGAAGCAGCCUGGGGAAGGAGGAGUCGAUCUUCGGCCUCACCGGCAAGUACCUCUGCAGGGAGUCUCUGCUCGGCAAGCGGGUGAGCCUCCCCGGCAGCGAGGUUCCGUCGCGAGAGAGCGACCGCGCCUACGGGGACGGCCCAGCCGCCGGCGCGCAGACGUCGCCUUUUAAGAACAGCAAAAGCUCCGCCGCUCUGCCCGAGCUGCCCGGGGUGUACGGUUGGGCGGCGUCGCCGCGGCGGGCGAGCUCCUCCUACGCGGGGCACGCCGGCGAGCGCACGGCCUAUGACAAGGACAGCUCGCGGGGAUUCGUCUCCCGCCCGGCCACCCCUCCGGAAGCGUCGCGAGUGGGCGCCGCGUUCUACACGGAUGUCGCAUCCGUGAGCCCCCUCCGCAGCUCCUAUGCCGACUCGUCCACCCGCCACCGCCCGCCCGACGGCAGGGAGCGGUACAGUCUGGACCAGGGUUACGGAGCGGAGCCCGCCAAGGGGUAUGGCCACCCGGGGAGCGAUCGGCGUGGCGUGCGUGCAGAGCGGAGCUGUCAGAGUGACUCACUGCCUCUGCAAUGCACUGCCGACCAUCUGGGCUACGGGGAGCAGAGUCCCUUUAAUGAUGCGGGCGAGCAGAGCCGGGAGCGGCAAACGACUCCUGACAGGUGGCUGCCCGGGGACCGAUACGGCCACGAGUCCGCCGAGGCGUUCGCCGAGCCCGCGGGCGGCUCGCCGUACCCGCCGUACCCGCCCUCGCCGAGCGAGCAGCUCGUGAGGGCGGCCAGGGGGGGUGGCGGCUACGGCCACCGCGGGGAAGAAAGCCCGCCGGCAGGCCCGGAGCAGCAGUGGCAAUCGAGCGGACGACGUUACGGCCAGCAGACGGAGGGACCUUACGAGGAUCCCGCGGCGCGCGUGCGGCCCGCCCUCGGCGCGUACGCGGACGGUCAGUCGGAGCGGCGCUGCUCCACGCUCAACCGAGCUUGGAGCGGCAGCCGGCACAGCGUCAGCCUGUACGGCCAGGGUGUCUACGCGGACGCGUGCGCGCAGCGGGACGAUCGACAAAGCGCGGCGCGCCGCUCCCCGCACGACGCCACCCACUCGUCCGGCAGGAGGCUGAGCCAUCAGGAGAUCGCGCUCGGCGGGUCGAUGAGCCGGGAGGCGGAGAACGGGCGGGUCGGCACGAGCCGCCACGGCCGCGGGGAGGCGUUCCCACACGCGUGGCCGAGCGGGCGCAGGGGCAGCCUGCAGCCGGGGGGAGCCGCGUACGACGACGACGACGAGCCGGGGGACACUCGGGGCUCGCCGCCGGCGUGGCGAGCGUCUCGCUGCCUGUACGAGCGGCGCGGGGCCGAGUUCCUGGGGCAGCUCGCAGAUGGGCAAGGAAGCUUCGAUGGCUGGGGAGACGCAACAGCGUGCAGGGCAGACCUUCCCACACCACCGGCGCCACAGCAACAGCAUCAUCAUCAUCAUCAUCAGCAGCAGCAUUAUCAUCAUCAGCAGCAGCAGCAGCGGCAGCUGAUGGACGGCGGAGACACCCAUGGUUACGCCAGCCCCAUGCCAGCGUCCUCGCCGCCCGGCAGCCCCGGAUACCCAAGCAGUGCGAUUCCAUGCAAGCAGCCGGGGAGCCGGCAGGCCAGCCCGCCGGCGCAUCCGCUCUACCAGGCACGCGGUUACACCGCGGACGGGCCGGCCUACGGGACGCCGGGGGACGUCUACUCGUCGCGCCGGCAGUACGCGGCGCCCCCCGCCGAUCCCUACGGCCCCCCGGCGCACGGCGGCGCGAGGCCGCCCCCGCGGCCCGACACCCCCUCGGGUUUCGCGAGCCGACGCGCGGAGUCCGGCGGCGGCGGCAGUCGCCAGGGCUCUCCCGUCACGGACGCGAGGAGGGCGUACGCGGUCUCCGACGGGCCCUACGGCGCGUCCCUGGGACGGGGCGGCUACGACGAGGCGGAUGCGGCCUUCCGGAUGGAGGACGCCGACCCCGAGGAUCGAGCGGGCGACGGGGACGACGCCUUCCGGUGGCCCCCGGCUGGCGCUCCCGCCCAGCUGGACACGAUUUACGCUCGGGCGGGGACGGCGCUGGUGCCGUGCGAGACAGAGAGCGGCACCCCCAGGGAGACGGCGUGGCGAGACCCGGACCUGCCGGAGGUCAUCCAGAUGCUGCAGCACGAGUUCCCCUCCGUGCAGACCAACGCCGCCGCGUACCUGCAGCACGUGUGCUACGGGGACGACGGCAUCAAGGCGGAGGUUCGCCGUCUGGGCGGCGUGCAGCUGCUGGUGGACCUGCUGGACCACCGCGCGCGCGACGUUCGCCGCGCCGCCUGCGGCGCCCUGCGCAACCUGGUCUUCGGCCGCGCCAACGACGACAACAAGCUGGCGGCGCGCAGCUGCGCCGCCGUCGCGGCCCUGGCCCGCCUCCUGCGCCGCGCCACCGACGCCGAGACCCGCGAGCUCGCCACCGGGGUGCUGUGGAACCUGUCGUCCUGCGACUCCCUGAAGAUGCCGAUCAUCCAGGACGCGCUCACCGUGCUCACCAACACGGUGCUCGUGCCCCAGGACAUGGACAGCCUCAAGGAGAUGGGAGUCGACAGCCAAAUCCUGGCCAACACCACGGGCUGCCUGCGCAACGUGAGCUCCGCGGGCGAGGAGGCUCGCCGGAGGAUGCGCGAGUGCGACGGCCUCCUCGAGUCGCUGCUGUCCAUGGUGCGUGCGGCCCUGGGCUCCAGCAGCAUCAACGGCAAGGUGGUUGAGAACGCGGUGUGCGUCAUGCGGAACCUCUCCUACCGCCUGGAGGCCGAGACGCGGCAGGGGCAGCAGCUGCGGGCGUCGUGGCGCGGCGGCGAUGCCACGGGGGCCGGGAUGACCUCGUCGCGAGACGAGAACGGGAGCUGCUGGGGAAAGCGUGCACGGAGGAAGCACUUGGACCUCGAGUGGGACGGCUCGGGGCCACUGCCGGACUGGGCCGAGCCGCCGCGCGGAGUGGAGCUGCUGUGGCACCCGUCCGUGGUGAAGCCCUACCUGGCGCUGCUGGCACAGUGCUCCAACCCCGACACGCUGGAGGGGGCGGCUGGCGCUCUCCAAAACCUGGCAGCCGGAUCCUGGAAGUGGGCUGCGUACGUGCGCUCCGCCGUGCGCAAGGAGAAGGGGCUGCCCAUCCUGGUGGAGCUGCUGCGCGUGCAGAGCGAGCGCGUCGUCUGCGCCGUCGCCACCGCCCUGCGCAACAUGGCCCUGGACGCGCGCAACAAGGAGCUCAUCGGCAAGUACGCGCUGCGAGACCUGGUGCAGCGACUGCCGCCACCCCCGGGGGCCGUGACGGCGGUGCCGGGAGACGGCACGGACGUCUCGGCGUGCGACGUGAGCACGGCGGCCGUGUGCUGCACCCUGCACGAGGUGGUGAACAAGAACGCGGAGAACGCCAGGGCUCUGCGCGACGCCGGAGGCAUCGAGAGGCUCGUGGGAGUGACCCGCGCCAAGGCCGGCAGGCACUCGCAGAAGGUGGUGCGUGCGGCGGCACAGGUGCUGACUCUGCUGUGGCAGCACCGCGAGCUGCGGGGCCUCUACAAGAAGGAUGGCUGGGUUCAGGGUGACUUCACACCGCCGCUGUCGUCCUCUGACUGGGACAAGGUGAAAUUGUACGAGACUCCCUCGUCUUCGCCGGCGAACAGGAGACCCUCGCCCACCACCCAGUCAGUUGGGAGCAUCGCGUCCUCUCGCGAGCUCCUCAAGACGGAGGAGAGGAGGUCCCAGGAGUCGGAGAAGAAGAGAAGCAUCUCUACGUCGCGUUACGACGUCGCUCACACAGGCAAUGCCGUGCACGGUGGCGCCAACGGAGGUAGGAGCCAUUCCACAUCCCGACUCCCCUCAACGACUUCGUACAAGUCGACCUCCAUGCGGACAGCCACGGAAAACAGCGCCCCACAGCUGCCGCCUCCCCCCGCGCCGCCCGUCGCGCCGGGGCUCCGCGACUCCCCGCAGCGCGCGCACGGCGGCGGCGUCGUGGGCCACGCGCACCGCCCCGCCCGCAGGGACGCCAGGUCGGAGAGACGCAUCGACCGCUACCCGGCGGCGCAGCCUUCCUGCGGCGCGUCCCCGUACGAGGCCGGCCACGUUCAGCACUCGCCCGACUCGUGGGUGUGAAGGCGGCGGCCUCGCGACGACGACUUGGGGCUUCCCGCAGGCGCGGCGCCUCUCGCUCGGUGGCCCCCGGGGCUCGCUGACGCUACCGCGAAGGGGACGCAUCGGAACAGCUGGUGGAGCCCACGGUGGGGGAGUUGUGGGAGUUGUCUGCCAGCCCGGUUAAGAGCUCGACUCCUGGCCGUGUCGGAGGCGGACACGCAACCGUGCACCAAAACACGGCGAGCCGGCGACAGGACGCUGUGCUUGAGGACGGACUUGUCUGGAGUCCCUUGUUAAACCGUCAACGUUGAAGGUUGUCCCACGUGUGAAUGUGUGUACGUGUGUCUUAGUAAUCGGAGGUAAAUAUGUGUACACGUCGAUGCCGACGUGUACACAUAUUUGGGGACGUCUGAGCCGUGCGCUACGGCACGCCUUGGGUUCC